CGCCCCUCCUUGUCCUGCUCCUUCCCCCGUCCCCACCCUUGCGCCGCGGGGCGGGACGGGCUGUCCCGAACCCCCGGGUCUGUGGCAGCGGCUCCGCCGGGAUCCGCACAGAGCACUGAGCAGGCUCCGUGUCCGCCACAAGAGCGGGGAAAUGCGGGGUUCGGCGCUGGCCGGCCGGGCGCUCCCCCACCCGGGCCUGCCAGCUCCGCCUCCCCCCGGCGGGCCGGGCCGGGCCGGGCCCUGCGCUGCUGCCUAAGCCGAGCUGCGAGAGAUCGCGUCUGUGUGCUACGGAAACACCGCAGCACCUGAAUUGUGCCUUUCCCUAUUCCGAGCCGUAUCCUUCUUCACCUAAUCUCUUUAAUUGGGUUUUGGGCAGGUACCCAUCUCAAAGUGCUUACUGGGUUCUUUCUGCAGUUUUCUCCCAGAACAUCGAAUGAGUAUUUGAUAACAGUUUCUGGUAAAAAAAAAGAAAAAAAUUGCACUGGAAUUGUGGAUCCUGCUCUUCGCCUUGAACAUCAGUGUAUUUUUUAACAGAAUACGUGUUAACAACUUUUUGCUGAGCUUCAGCCCCGGGCUGCUGUCUUUGUCUUGUGCUAAGAAGCCAAUGCAGCCACCCCAACUUGGCAUUCGUCUCCAUACAGUAGCAGAGGAGCUGAGGCACUAAUACCUUGAGAUCUUCAGUUUUAUGCUUUCUUGACUUGCUAAACAGUAGCCCAAUUCUUCAGGACUUGCAGCAGUGUGAAAUGUAAUGAGAGUGUUGGUGCAUUUUGGUACCAGAAUGAUGACUACUGCAGAAGUUGUCAAGAAGAAGCCAAAUUAUACUAGUGUGCAUGAAGCAGUGAAAGCUGGGGACGUAGAACAGCUUGCAUCGAUGAUAAAAAGUGGAACCAGUAUUAAUGAGGUGGAUGUAGUUCACAAAUUCACACCCUUGCAGUGUGCUGCCCACUCGGGAAGUCUGGAGUGCCUUCAGUGGUUGCUCUGGCACGGAGCUGACACCACGUGUGUGACUGUGAGAGGCUGGACAGCGGCUCACCUCGCAGCCAUCCGAGGGCAGGAUGCCUGCAUGCAGGCCUUGUUGCUGAGCGGAACGGACGCAGCAGCUCGGGACGGGCGCGGGUGCACGGCCGCGCACCUGGCUGCAGCCCACGGGCACUCGUACACCCUGCAGACCCUGCUGCGCACGGGGGCGGAUGUAAAUGUUUCAGACAGGAAUGACUGGAAACCUGUUCAUUAUGCUGCUUUUCACGGUCGCUUGGGGUGUUUGCAGCUUCUUGUUCGAUGGGGAGCCUGUGUAGAUGAUGUGGAUAACAAUGGAAACCUUCCAGUAUCCCUCUCGCUACCAUGCCACUGCCUCAACACCUUCUGUGAGCUCAAUGCACAUCUGGCAGCAGUGGAAGGACACUUGCAUUGCUUUAAGUUCUUGGUCAGGAAAAUGGCCGGUCUUACAGACACUCUGAAAGCCAGGAAUGACCGUGGAGAGACUCCAAGGGAUUUGGCUGAACGGUUCUAUAAAGAUAAUAUUCUGCAAUAUAUUGAUGGUGUGGAAAAAGAGAAGGAACAUCCAGAGACACAGGAAGCUGCUGAACGUUGCUUACAGUGGUUGGUUGAAAUGGGAGCUGACUGUGACAUUACAAAUGAUGCUGGAGAGACUCCAGAGGAUGUAGCCAAGAGACUUGGCCAUCUGGCAGCUGUGGAACUUUUGACACCAAGAACUGCAAACAAUAUCUCGAGUGAUGAAGAACUGAAUGCAAACAACAUAAAGUUUUUUGAAACACAUGGUGUGGAAGGGAGUACAGAUAGCAAAGAAGAUUUAACCCUGGAUAAAGCAGAGAAAAAGAAUGCACGCAUAAGGGCCUAUCACAAGAUUAAAGAACUUCAGCGACUUCUAGAAAUUGCCUACAGCAACUACAGACAGCUGGGGGGAGUAACUGAAGAGGAGAGGAAGAUGAAAAAAGAAGAAAGGAAAGUUGAUAAGGCUGUGCGGGAGCUGGAGGCCCAGCUGGAAUUUGAGCGGGUCAGGCGGGAGAAGCUGGAGAGCCAGCUGGAUGAUUACCGUGCUGAGAUAAACCAGCUUCGACAGGGCCGGGUGAAAACCCGCGCUGCCUCUGCUGCCUUCGCGGUGAGUGCCACACCAGCUCCCCUGGCCAUGGCACAGAGCCACUGCCUGCUGCUUGUGUCUUUGUUCCCUCUACAAGGGGGCACAGUGCUAGGAAAUGCCAGGAAAAAUGUGCUACAGCUUUCAGCUCGGGACACUGAAGUGAGCAGGAGCCCUUACCUUGUCUGUCCUUGACAGUGUCUCUGCUGUGAAAGGAUACCAGUUUCUUUCUGUACUCUGGCAGAGAAGCACCGCUAUUCUUCAUCUAAAUGUUCCCAAAGGAGUGGACUGAUCCUGAGUACUUCCAUACUGCAUAUCCAGUGACUGGCAGUUCCCCUUGGCUGGGACCUGGUGUCUGAGACUCAAAUGGUGUUUCAGGAGCGGUGUCAUCACCACCUAAAGGGCUCUCCAGCCUGCAGGGGUGUAGAGAUGGCUACCGUGGGUCCCCAGAGGGGGACAAAUUCAGUAACAGGGACUUGAUCCACAUCACAGUGUCUGGAGUCAGUCAGGCAUACUGAAUGAGAGUCCAAGAUCUCAUAGAAAAUUCAUGGAGAGAGUUCAGUUUGUUUGCGAAAGGAACACUACAUGCAGCACUAGAAGUUCUCAGACAGAGGUUCUAUUUUGAAUUAAAAAUUAAUCUCUUUUUGUGUGAUAGAGACAUAAGAGGGAAGAGGACACCAACACUGCAAGCAGCCAGUAGAUGAUGAUGUUUCUAAUUUUUUACUUCUCAUCUGUACAGGCAAUAGAUGAUGGUGCUUAUAUUCUUUCAGAGCCUUUUUUAUUUCCCAGACUGUUUUCCAUCUUUUUUAGUCAAUUGCCUCUGCAGUUCCUUGUUUUCUGAAUGCUAGGUGCCACAGCUGUAUUUCAGAGAGGCCAGCUGCACUUUUUCAAGGAUGUUUCUGCUUCUCAGCUUUGUGAUUGCCAGGCUGGCAAGCAUUUUCUUUGUCAGUAUUUUUCAAUGGGCAGUUUUUUCUUUUUUUUAAAAUUUUUUAUUUUUUUUAAUUUUUUAUUUUGUAAUUUUCCCCUUCUAACCAAGCUGCCUUUCUGGCUGAGCAACUGCUACAGCCAAGCCAUGGGACCUUCAAGUCUCACACUGCUGUGCUGCCAUCCCAUGCCCUGGGACUGUGCUCUGCCCUCAGCUUCAGUCUGAACACAGUAGUUUCUGUGCUAUUCCCAGAUGUAGAUUUUUACAUCCUUUCAGUGGUUGCUGUUUAAUGCGUGCAGUAUU